UCUCCUCCCAUAGCCCCACAUGCCCUGUCUCCCUCCUCCCCAGGGGGCCUUCUGGGGCCUGAUAGCAGGGCUGGUGGUGGGGGCCACGAGGCUGGUCCUGGAAUUCCUGAACCCAGCCCCGCCCUGCGGAGAGCCAGACACGCGGCCGGCCGUCCUGGGAAGCAUCCACUACCUGCACUUCGCUGUUGCCCUCUUCAUACUCAGUGGUGCUGUUGUGGUGGCUGGAAGCCUGCUGACCCCACCCCCACAGGGUGUCCAGAUUGAGAACCUUACCUGGUGGACCCUGGCUCGGGAUCUGCCCUUGGGAACCAAAGCAGGUGAUGGCCAAACGCCCCAGAAACACGCUUUCUGGGCCCGUGUCUGUGGCUUCAAUGCCAUCCUCCUCAUGUGUGUCAACAUCUUCUUGUACGCCUACUUCGCCUGACACUGCCGCUCUGGGCAGGAAGGCAGGAGCUCCGAGUCCUCAGGUCCACCCUUUUCCCUCAUGGGGAUCCCGAGGCCCCAAGAGGGGCAGAUUCCCCUCACGGCUGCACAGCAGCUCGGUGCCCAAGAACUGGCCAAGCCAGCAAGGCGGGAGCCCUGAAAACUUAGGGGGGAAAUGGGAGAAAAACAUGUGACAUUUCAAAAACAGCACCAAAGCAGUCAUCAUUGGAAAGAAAAUUAGAUUUCUGAUGG